AUGAACACACUAUCCUUUCUAACUCUUUCUUUGUUUUCCCUUUGUUUCAUUGCUUCUUUUUCUCAUGCUCUAAGCAAUGGUUUUAGUGUUGAACUCAUCCACCGUGACUCCCCAAAAUCACCAUACUACAAACCUACCGAAAAUAAAUACCAACACUUUGUCGAUGCAGCACGUCGUUCCAUCAAUCGUGCCAAUCAUUUCUUUAAAGAUUCUGACACAAGUACACCUGAAUCAACUGUAAUCCCCGAUAGGGGUGGUUAUCUCAUGACCUAUUCAGUUGGUACCCCUCCAACUAAGAUAUAUGGUAUUGCUGAUACAGGUAGUGACAUUGUUUGGCUUCAAUGCGAGCCUUGUGAACAAUGUUACAACCAAACCACUCCCAUUUUUAAUCCAUCAAAAUCAUCUAGUUACAAAAACAUUCCUUGUUCGUCUAAGCUAUGUCAUUCUGUGAGAGACACCUCUUGCAGUGACCAAAAUUCUUGUCAAUAUAAAAUUAGUUAUGGAGAUUCUUCACAUUCACAAGGAGAUCUUAGUGUUGAUACUCUUUCAUUGGAAUCCACCAGCGGAAGUCCUGUUUCAUUUCCUAAAAUAGUGAUAGGUUGUGGAACUGAUAAUGCGGGGACGUUUGGAGGCGCAAGCUCUGGUAUAGUUGGCCUUGGAGGCGGGCCGGUGUCUCUCAUAACACAAUUGGGAUCAUCAAUUGGUGGUAAAUUCUCUUAUUGUUUGGUGCCAUUGUUGAACAAGGAGUCAAACGCAUCAAGUAUACUCAGUUUUGGAGAUGCCGCUGUGGUUUCGGGUGACGGUGUUGUGUCAACUCCUCUAAUAAAAAAAGACCCCGUUUUCUACUUUUUGACAUUACAAGCAUUUAGUGUUGGAAACAAAAGAGUAGAAUUUGGAGGCUCUUCGGAAGGUGGUGAUGAUGAAGGUAACAUCAUAAUUGAUUCAGGUACAACAUUGACACUUAUACCUUCCGACGUCUAUACUAACUUGGAAUCAGCUGUGGUGGAUUUGGUGAAACUAGAUCGUGUUGAUGAUCCUAAUCAACAAUUCAGCCUAUGCUAUAGUUUGAAAUCAAAUGAAUAUGAUUUUCCUAUAAUCACCGUACAUUUUAAAGGUGCCGAUGUUGAGUUGCAUUCUAUUAGUACCUUUGUUCCAAUUACUGAUGGUAUUGUUUGCUUUGCUUUCCAACCAUCUCCUCAACUUGGUUCCAUCUUUGGGAACUUGGCUCAACAAAAUUUGUUGGUUGGUUACGAUCUUCAACAAAAAACAGUGUCGUUUAAACCUACUGAUUGUACCAAAGUGUAA